UGGAGCCGGAAGUGAAAUCAGCAGCUUCCGCUGAAGAAUUUCCCGCGAAGUUUGCAGAUUGUUGUGUUCGUGGGAACGUCUUACUUUUAUAAAACAGACAUGGACAACGAAUUUUCUCGCCCAAGAGUAAAUGCAUCGCUCUUGUCUUCUUACUCAGGAAGACAGGUGUGCGCCCUAGGAAUGGCCAAAAAUGUGGACAGCAGCGGCCUUGGCCUGACACUGGCUACUGGAGACGGAAAGGAAAUUAAAAUCACCAUGCAGGAACCUCUGACAGAGUACGUGGCAGGGUUGACAGAGAUCCACGGCAAGGUUGAUGAGCGAGGCUCCGGCAUCGUGUGUGACCACUAUGUUCUGUUUCCUGAACAAGCAUCGAAUACUUUUGAUAUGCAGAUGUACAACCAGGCAGUGGAAUUGAUGACCAGACUGCCUGACCACUACCAGAUUGGGGUCAAGCAAUGAGAAGCAGAGAGGAGUCUCUGUGUUAAGUAGCUAUGGACUAAUAUGUGUGUGUGUGGACAUGGUGGAGUGGCCAAGACUCGCUGACCUGUACCAGAUGUGCCAGAUCAAGUUGUGACGAGCUGGGGAGCCAGCUGCCGAUAUGCAUCGGUACUGAACAGUGUUUUGUCUCCGUGAUGGUUGGUGUAUGCCUGUAAAUAUCAGCAUCUGAUUUUCAAAAAUCCCGAUACAAAGUUAUGUAUUCUUUCUUGUAGUCUUGCAAAUAUGGCUGUUAAAAAUCAGGUUAGCCACUUGUAUAUUUAUGGUCAAGGAAUAGGUAUUCACACGUUUUAUCCAUAGGUGGCAGUUAUCAUGAUUAUUUUCUUAGCAUUAUUUUCAACAAAGUAGACACAAUUUAUGGAUAACAACUUCUUUAAUACUUUUAAGGCAACGUUUCGGAAUAGAUCCUUGCUUGACAACAGUAUAAGGAUCUACACCGAAAAGUCGCCUUGUUAUCCAUAAAUUGUGUCUACUUUGUCAUCUGUCAACUUCUGAGUAAUGCCUAGCAAACAAUUCAUUAUUUUCAAAGUCAGAUUAAUUAGAUACAUUGUCAAAGUGAUGUACCCGACAUCUUGUGAAUAAUGAUUAAAAGUGUAUAUGCAACAUC